AUGUCCUACAGCCGCUGCUCUGGAAACUUCUCCUCCAGCUCCGUUCAGGGCUGCCUGUCACGGUCCAGGUCCUCCUGUGGCUCUGCCUUCCCCAGCAACCUGGUCUACAGCACUGACCUCUGCGCUCCGGGCUCCUGCCAGCUGGCCUCUUCUCUCCACGGUGGCUGUCAGGACACCUGUGGCGAGCCCAUGCGCUGCCAGAGUUCCUGUGUGGUGUCCAGUCCCUGCCAGAGUUCCUGUGUGGAGUCCAGUCCCUGCCAGAGUUCCUGUGUGGAGUCCAGGCCCUGCCAGAGCUCCUGUGUGGUGUCCAGGCCCUGCCAGAGCUCCUGUGUGGAGUUCAGGCCCUUCCAGAGGACCUGCUACAGCCCCAGAGUGUCUACGCUCUGCAGUCCCUGCCGCACAACUUACUCUGGAUCUCUGGGCUUUGGGUCCAAUGCUUGCCACCUGCUAGGGUAUGGAUCUAGAAGCUCCUGCUCACUGGGGUAUGGGUGGAGACGCUCCUAUGCCCCAUUCUAUACAUCUGGAAGCUGCUACCCACAGGGCUGUGGUUCCAGCGGCUAUGGAGUCUAUGGUUUCCCUUCCCUGAGUUAUGGGUCUAGAUUCUGCCACCCACCCUAUUUGGCCUCUAGAAUGUACCAGGGUUAUAGUUACAGACCUACCUGUGGCUCUGGCUUCUAUGAAUUUACUUGUUAA